AUGAAAAUAAAAUUUAUAAAUUAUUUAUUAUUAUUUUUUAUUAUUUUUUUAAAUUAUAAUGGAUUUGUAAAAUCAGAUUGUUAUCAAGAACUCGAUUUGGUUUUAUCUAAUUCUUGUAGAAAUGGCCCAUCAAAAUUAGUUAUUCAUGAAAGUAUUUAUUCUUUUGAAAGUAUUGAAUUGACUCCAUUUGUUCAACCAAAAUUACUAAAUUAUUAUUCUUGGGAUUUACAAGAUGGAAUUAAUUAUUUCAUAAGUUACAGAUACAAGAAUUGUAGUAAUAUAAUUUCUAAACCAUUUGCUUCAAAAGGAAUGUAUUAUAAACUUUUAGCGGAACCAUUAUGUUUAAAUACAUAUAUUCCAGUUAGAGUUUAUAAUUGGGGUGCAGGUGGUAUAGAAUAUAAUUUUUAUAGUGUUCCAUCAACGAUUUGGGUUAAUUCACAAAAUGGUUUAUGUAGUUUCCAAUCACCAAUUUCUCCACAAAGUUACACAAAAGGUGUAUUAAAUGAUGGUGCACUCAAAUUCGUUGGACCAACAUGUGGUUUUAAAAAUGGUACGAUUACAAUUGAUUUAACCAAAGGUUAUUCAAAUUAUCAUUUAUUCCUUCAAUCAGAUUACCUUUUUGAUAAUGAAAUUCAACCAUCUUCAGAAGGUUUUUACAAUGGAUUGGAAUCUGAAAAUUACUCCCUUUUCGUUGAUUCUGAACAGUGUGCUACUGAAAGAAUUGAAAUUUACAUGAAGGAUGUUUUCGCUCCAUUGGAAAUUGAUUUUGAGAAUGUUCCAGACUUAUUCCAUAAUUCAACAAUUUCACUAUCAUUAUCAAGUGGUAAUAAUGGAAUUUUAAAUAACACAAAUAUAAAUGCUUUUGUAAUACAAUCAGAACGUUUACUUACAGAUUGGAACCAUGUCCAAACCCAAAUUACUUCAAAUACUUAUUAUGGGUACGCUUAUAAUAAAGACUUUUCAACGGAAGCAGGUCAGACAAAAUGUGUAUAUUCUGAAACACUUUUAUUUGAUAAUUAUUCCCCAAAUUUCAAUUUCACAAUUUCAAAAAGUGAAAGUUGUUUAGAAAAUGUUUCAAUUACAUUCUAUCCAUUACCAAAUCAAAAUAUUAAAGUUUAUGAUUAUAGCUCAGAGUCUGGUAUUCCAUUCUCAAUGAAGGAUAACGUUUUAUCAGUUGAAAAUAAUUUAAAUUUAUGGAUUUUUGAUACCAAUCAAAAUUAUGGUAUUGUUCAUUCAACUGUUUUUGAUAUACCAUCUUAUAAAAUUAUUGAAACUUCAAAUGGAAUUGGAUGUUGGAAAACUUAUAAUAUUACAAUUGUAAAUUAUGAAAAUUAUAAAAAUCUAAGAAUUCAUUUUUAUAAUGAAAAUAGUGAAUUUAAUUUUUAUCCAGUAGAAGGUGUAUUUAUAAAUGUACCUGCAUUGUAUUACUAUGUUACUUAUAAUGCUGGUGAUUGUGAAACUGAAUCAUACUUUGUAAUUGAUAAACUUGAUAGAAAUACUCCAAUGGAUAAUGUAGUUUUGGAAUUCAACACAUUGGAAAUUGGUAAUUGUACACAUGAAACUUCAUUCAUGGUGACUGUGAAAUCAGUAUUCGGUAGCUAUUCAAAAACUAUGCAAACAUUCUAUGAUAAAGAAUUUACUAUAUUCCUUCCAAAUUGUUCAUGUCAGAUUAAUGGCAUUUACGUAGCACCCCGCUUAAUUGAUGGUGAUUCACUUAUUUAUGAAUUAUUAACAGAUCCAAAUUGUAAUUCUACUGAUACUUUAAUUAGAUUUACUUCUCCUUCCCAAGAUUAUUCAAUAUCAUCUGUAUAUCAAAAUGGUGUUCAAUUGCAAUAUUAUAACAAUUUAAAUGGUUAUUAUAUUAGUUCAGGUGAAAAUAAUAUUACAGUUAAUUAUGAAGGUGAUCAAUAUUGUUAUAGAACUGAAACAAUAACUAUUCAAUCAGUUUAUGAAGUACCAUUGGUCCAAAUUACACCAGUUUCAGAUUGUAGAAAUCCAAAUGGAAAAAUUGAAAUUUCAAAUUUCCAAAUUUUCUAUAACUUAGAGCUUGUAUUUAAUUCAAAUAGUAAACCAAUUAAUCAAGGCUUUAUUGAGAAUCUUGCAUCCGGUACAUAUACAAUUAAUUAUUACAGCAAUCAAACAUGUAUAAAUUCUAUCACUGUUUAUGUACCAUCUUCAGAAAAUGUAGCAGAAAUUACAACAUCAGUAAUUAGCAAUCCAACUUGUGAUAAUGGUCCUUUCUCUGAUGGUAUGAUCAGAGUAGCUCUUAAAUAUGAAGGUAAUCAAAUUAAUAAUUUCACAAUCCAAAAUCAAGAUGCAGAAUUUACCUACCUUAAUGAUGGUGUUUACCCAAUAGCAGGUGUUGGUGUAAAUAGUUUAACAAUUUCAUAUCUUUCUUGUAUAUGGAAAAGAGAUAUUACAACAGUACUCAAUAAGCCAAGCUUUACUCUGGAAAAAGUUUUUAAUGAUACUUGUGAUCUACAAAGUGUUUAUAAAUUAGUAUCAAGUAAUCCAAAUAUUGAAAUCGAUUAUAUUGAUUCAUCAAAUGGCUUUUCUUACCUAAAUAACUAUUAUCUAGUAUUUCAAAAUAGUGGCGAUUUUGGUUAUUAUGUGGCUUGGAAUUCACGUUGCUAUGAAUAUUACACUCAACAAAUUAUAAUGGAUAAUUAUGAUAGGGAUAGUAAUGUUAAAUAUAUAGAUUAUGAAAUUGUAAAACCAGAUAAUUGUAAUUCAUUAAAAAUCGAUUUAAUCAUUACAAAUAUGAACAAAUUCAUUAGUUUAACCAUUGAAAAUAAACUUCCAACACCAAUUAAUUCGACCCAUUCAAUUUUCAAAAAUUUACCACCAUCAAAAAGUUAUGACAUUUUAUACACAUUAUUAAAUGGUUGUGUCGCGUAUCAAACUGUUGGUAUAGAUGAAUUCAAAUCUGGUUUUACUAAAGAAACAAUAGAUAUCAUUAAAACAAGUGAUAUUUGUUACUCUGGUAAAGCUUCAAUACAAUUAUCAAAUUUGGAUUUUGAUAAUUAUUAUUAUUAUAUUAAAAAUUCAAAUAGUUUAAUGGGAGUUACUGAUUCAUACGAUUCAAUUCAACCACAGCAAAGUGGUAAUAUUAAUGGUACAAUUUUACUUUCAAAUUAUAAUCCUGGUAGUUAUAAAAUUUAUCGUGGUUGUAAAUCAAUGGCAAACUGUUAUUUAGAAACAAAUGUUGUUAUUGAAAGUGAAGAUCCAAUAAUUGAAUCAAUUUCAGUUACUGAUUCAUAUGAUAAAUUAAAUAAUGGCACUGUUGAAAUUAAAUUGAAUUAUAAUUCACCAUAUCCAAUUAAUUUUAAAAUCAUUGGUACUCAAUUAUCAAAUCAAAAUGGUAAAUUUGGAAAUUUAACACCAAAAACAUACGAAGUUCAAGUUACAUUAACUGAUAGAAUGUGUCCAGUCACUUUAUCAAAAUCAUUUACAAUUAAUUUAAAAACAUCACCACCAACACCAUCACCACAAGAUCCAUCUGAUGAACUUUCAACAUCCUCAUUUGUUCAAGUAAAUCUUUUAUUCUUAUCAAUCUUAAUUUUCACUAUUUUUAUUUUUUAA